AUGGUAUUUGCUCUUCACUUUGUCUUCCUCCUGUGUGUGAUGAGCGGACUGUUGACUGCAAGUCAAUCGCAGUCUGACAACGAUCAUUGUCCUGAUGGGUGGACCCAACUGGACAAUCGCUGUUACAUCUUCAAAAGCGAAAAGAGGGACUUUUCAGAUGCAGAGAGCAUCUGCAGAGGUUAUGGUGGGAAUCUGGUGUCCAUCCACAGCGACCUGGAAAAUGCGGUUGUUAGGGAACUAAUUCGGAGAGGGUCUGCAGUGUUUGACGAUACCUGGAUCGGACUCCAUGAUACAGUCCAGGAGGGUGACAUGAUGUGGACUGAUGGUUCUGUCACUGACUAUUUUGACUAUGGCGAUGGAGAGCCUACUGGUGAUGACUGCGUUGAGAUGCAAGAGAGCGAUAACGUGGUCCUGCUGACUUCGACUUCAACAGGCCGCGGCCUACAACUCUCACUGGAUCAGUUCGCAGCUGGGUUGAAAAUCAACACCUCCAAGGCCGAGUCCAUGGUUGUCACCCAGAAAAUGGUGGUGUACCAUCUCCGGGUUGGGGAUGAGAUCCUGCCCCAAGUGGAGGAGUUUAUGUGCCUCUGCGUCUUGUUUACGAGUGAGGAAAGAAUAUAA